UUUAAACUCAGCCCAGCUAACGGAUGGACGCAUCCGCCGUUGUGUGAAGAAGAUGCCCCGUCUUUUAACAUUUUAACAAUUCCCCUUUCUCAGCGCUUUUAAGCCUGAGGAUACUGGCAUGGUUUCGGAGAAUGGAAACAGACGACGUGUCGGUUAGAGAGCAACUUUUCCACAACCGCGUCCGGGAGACUAUAAUAUGUGUCCUCCUGUUCACGUGCCUUUACAUGGUGUGCUACCUCAUUCUCACACACUUCAAGAAGACUGCAGAGUUUGUCACAGAUGACAUUGAAGAUGCCACUGUCAAUAAAAUUGCGCUUUGGCUGUGCACAUUCACCCUGUCUGUUGCAGUGUGUGCGGUGCUGCUUCUCCCCAUCUCCAUUCUGUCAAAUGAGGUGCUGCUCACCUUCCCACAGAGCUACUACAUGCAGUGGCUCAAUGGAUCUCUCAUCCACGGCUUGUGGAACCUAGUCUUUCUUUUUUCCAAUUUGUCCCUGGUCUUCCUCAUGCCCUUUGCUUAUUUCUUCACCGAGUCUGAGGGAUUUGCUGGGUCCAAAAAGGGAGUUAUGGCGCGAGUGUACGAGGCAGUUGUGCUGCUGCUGCUGCUGGCUCUGCUUGUGCUGGGCAUUGUGUGGGUGGCGUCAGCUUUCCUCCAUGACAACAUAGCCAGAAAGAGUCUAUAUGACAUGUGGGAGUAUUACCUUCCCUACCUGUACUCGGGCAUCUCUCUGUGUGGAGUGCUGCUGCUCUUGUUCUGUACCCCCUUCGGGCUGUCUCGAAUGUUCAGUGUUACAGGCAGCCUGCUAGUCAAACCACGGCUGCUGGAAGAUGUAGAAGAUACUCUAAACUGCACCGCAUUUGAGGAAGACUCCCUCUACAGGAAACUCAACUGUGGCAAACCGUCAUGUUGGGUCAAGCUCAACAUGGAGGCUAUGAGGAGAGAGUACCAGACAGUCAGGAGCAAGCGUGUUGCACUGGAGAUGCGUCGGAAAGCGUCCCCGUGGCAACGAAACCUUGGGUAUCCCCUUGCAAUGAUUAUGCUCCUUGCACUAACGGUGAUGUGUGUACUGAUGGUCUGUUUCAAUGUACUGGAGUUGUUGCUUGAUGAGACAGCUUUGCCCAGAGGAAUGGAGGACCCUCACCUGGGGAUGGCCUCCUUCUCCAUGUUUGGCUUACUGGGUGCUGCAGUUCAAGUACUCCUCAUUCUCUACCUAAUGCUGUCCUCAGUGGUGGGUUUCUAUAGUUCCUCGCUCUUCUGUGGCCUCCUGCCCCGUGCAAAGGACACCAACCUUACACAGAUAAUUGCAAACUGUGUUUCACUGCUUAUCCUGAGCUCUGCACUGCCAGUCUUUUCACGCACGCUUGGAAUCACCCGCUUCGAUUUACUGGGAGACUUUGGUCGAUAUAAUUGGCUUGGGAACUUCUACAUCGUCUUCCUUUACAACAUGCUGUUUGCUGGUCUCACCUCUGCCUCGCUGAUAAAGACAGUCACCUGGGCCGUACAGAGAGAGCUCAUCCGUGCCUUUGGACUCCACAGGCUACCUUUAACCAUGUCACGGUCCACAGUACCCUUCAGACUCCUCCUGGCCAGUGGACUGUCGAAAAUCCAGUGAUCGUCUUUGUCCUCAUUCCUGCCUUUCCUAACAUUGAGAAACUGAGCCAUAGAUGCACACUUGGAGUAAAGAGAAAGUCUUAUAAAUUCAAUCCCAUAGCUGGGUUGAUACGAAAAUCGAGUCUUAUUAACUCGAGAGGGGUGAAUGGAGUAAGUGCGUCUGCGCUGUAUUAAGUGGGAGCACACCUUGAUGCCAUCUUUUAAGGGCUAAUAUAUUUGGGUCCAGGUUUGUGCCCAUAUUUGACUGCUUCCACUGAGUCAUCAUGAGGACGACUGGAACAAGAGGAAAAGGGAUUCAAGCCAUGUUGUAGUAUUGAACAAUGGAGCAACCUCCCUGCAAAAAUAAUGCCUUUCACAAAAAAAAAAAAAGAGGAUCCUUGGACAGCUGCUCUGUUGACACAUGUGAAAGUCAGCAGAGUUAUUUUGAAAUAUUACAUUAUAGCUGAUGUAAUUUCCUGUUCCUUUUCAGGAUAACUAAGUACUCCCUAUGCCUUUCUCUAAAGUUGUACCAGUUGUUUUUAGACUGGGAAUCUUCUGCUUACAUGUAUGUGUUGGUUCAUUUUGCACCAGUGUUAUGUUGGUUAAUAAGCAGAGGUUGUUAAUGCGAGCAAACAGGACACAGCACCUUGUUAUCUGUGGAUCUAGAGGUUACACAGGGAAUAUAAGAUUGAUGUUAUAGUGUCAGUGUUGCAGCUCCUUUUGAAACCUGGAAGAAAGGUGUUUUCUAGGGUGAUUAAAAAUCAAAGCUGGGUUUUUAAACAGUAAGCAUGCUGAAUCUGAGUUCUGAGAUUUACUGAACCCAUCUAAAAGCUUUAGGUAUUGUCCUACGUAAUACCUUUGAAUGCCAUGUGACACUCAAGAGGAACAAAUGCCUUAGCCAAUCAGACUGUGAAUCAAGAGUUCUUUGGGGGAAGUGCAAUAUUAUGCAAAAGCACACUUUUAACUUUUACCAAAAGUUCACUAAAUGUUUCUUUAUCUUAUACAUUAGUAGUCGGUAAGGUUUUCAUCUCAUCUGGGUUUGGUGAAAGCUAGAACAGUUUCAGAAUAUCUGAUGUGUCAGGUGUGCAGUUUCUACCAGCAUCACUUUUACAUUAGUAAUAUCAGUUUCAUAUUAUCAGCAGUAUCUCAUCCUCCACUGGGUGUUGGUGAUCAUGUGUCACCGUUUGCUUAUGCUGCUGUAUCAGCAGGUUAUUUGCAGCUGGUUUAACCAGCAGGGGACACUGUCUCUUAAAUCCAACACCAUCCUCUGUGUUGUGUAAUGUUCUUUUUCUCUCAGGUUAAUUAUAAUAUGUAUUUUACAUUGAACACUUUUAGUUUUCCUUUUGUUGUGGGUGGGUGGGGUUUUUUUUUGUUUUUUUGGGGGGGGUGUCUUUUGGUUUUUGAAAAAAAAAAGUUUAUUAUGUGUUUGUUUUUAUUAUUUAUGGGCAUUUUGGGAUCCAUUCUUAACAUUUUGAUUAAUUUCUCUUUGGGCGGUAUAGUUGGUCCAUUUUGAUGCAUUUGAGAUGAAAUAAUAUUCAAAAUUGUUCUCAAAGAUGAAAAAGAGGUUUAUUGUUCAUUUUUACUCUGGUUUAACAUUUCCAUA